GACAAAGUGAAAUUGGAAAAUUGUCCCAAACGACGAAGAACGACGAGUUGAUGCAGACGAUUUUUACAAUCGCUGCAUAUUUAAUUUUUGUGAAAUCUCAAUUAAACAUUAUUAAUUCAAUUGGAAUUGGAAUAAAAGUGAGUAACUUUAUUUGCUACAAAAAGCGCGUUUUUCUCGGAUUGUGCGGGAUUGUUUAAAAAGUUUUGUACACAAAUGAUUUUGUUGAGCUUUACAAACGUAAAAGAUAAAAAACCAACAGUGAAAUGAAAAUAAUAUUACAAAAAAAUUAUAAUUGUGAAAUUGUACCACCAAGUUCAUAAACGGUUUAUAAACCCUUCUAAAAGCCAAAUUCGGGAUACUGGUACAUAGCAAUUAAACUUGUGUAAAAAAGAGGUUGGGUGCAGACAAGUUGCACUUGCAUACAGGUAGGGCGUGUUUUUCUUAUUCGCGUCGCCGCCGAUAACGAUAUUGUAUUUUUUGUAUAAAACUCAAAUGGUAAUGCAAGCAAACAAAAAUAAACGCAAAUUAAUCAAAGUUUAAAUUUUCUAAUCAGAAUUGUUUAUCGCUCCAAAAAGGAAUAAAGCAAAUAUUUGCGCCGAUAAAUGGGGAGUUGCGCAAAGUAGAGAAGAAAAAAUAAUUGCAACUUCCCUUUUAUAGGCAUUUUAUGUCUACUACAAAAGUGCGAAGCAACGUAGAAAAGGCGAAUUAAAAAAAGCGUAGAGUAGUGGAAAGUGAGUGUAUAAUCAAAAUGUGUAAGAAAUCCCUAUAUUAAAUGGCAAUUUGUAUACAUAAUAUAAAACAAAAAAUGUAUAUAAGAUAAAAGUUUAAAUAUACAAUCGUAUUAUAUAAAAGCCGGAAGUUAUAUACGUGCGGAGGAAAUUAUAAAAAAACGCCGCACUUCCGUCUGCGGUUUGUGCACUAUUCGCCGGAAUAGCCACGCAUUUCGGUUUCGGAAGCUAAUAUUGUUGGGUAUCGCGUACACGCCCACCAAAUUGGGCAAAAUCUAGAGCCAAAGUGUUUCCUCAACUGCAACUGAACUAAAGAGUUUGUACACUAAAGUUCGAACUCAAGCUUAAAGAGCAUACCUUUUUCUAUCGAUAUAGUUACUAAGCUGGCAAUAUGGGCGCACAGCAGGGAAAGGAGCGCGGUUCACAUUCCAGCGGCGGUGGCCAUGGCGGCACAGCCAGUUGUAUUGGUGUGCCAAGUAGUGGCAGCCCAGUCGGCUUGUCGUCAUCUCAUGGCAUUAGUGUUGGCAGUGUAAAUGCACUAGCUGCUGGUUCCACUUUGCGCGGCUCCCGCAUCAAGUCAUCAGCCACACCAGCAUCUGUGGGUGGGAGUUCACAUCGUUCGACUGCGGCUUCGGGUAGUAGCAUUGGACAUACAUCUAAGGACAAUCACAGUCGUUGCAAUGCCAUCGGAAUGAAUAUAUUCACAGAACAUAAUGGUCCAAUGCACAGAGUCCAACAACAGCAACUCCGUGAUGCGGCUAAAUAUCAAAUACAUUUAGAAGCACUGCGACAAUCCCGACCGCUACCACACAUUCCGGCCGGCACGACAAUGUUGCCGGACGCCGAUUUACAAUGCUCAGAUGGCGUCUCGCUGCACACACAAAGUCACAGUCAAGGUCACACAUCCGCCACAUCCGGUUUCGAGUCGGCAAAUCGCUGGACAUCCAAAGAGAAUCUGCUAGCACCCGGUCCCGAAGAGGACGAUCCACAACUAUUCGUGGCACUAUAUGACUUCCAAGCCGGUGGUGAGAAUCAGUUGAGCCUGAAGAAAGGCGAACAGGUGCGUAUAUUGUCGUACAAUAAAUCGGGCGAAUGGUGUGAAGCACACUCGGACUCCGGCAAUGUCGGUUGGGUGCCAUCGAAUUAUGUGACGCCGCUCAAUUCUUUGGAGAAGCACUCCUGGUAUCAUGGACCCAUAUCGCGCAAUGCCGCCGAAUACUUACUCAGCUCGGGCAUCAAUGGCAGUUUUUUGGUGCGUGAAAGUGAAAGUUCACCGGGGCAACGCAGCAUCAGUUUGAGAUACGAAGGUCGUGUGUAUCAUUACCGCAUCUCCGAGGAUCCGGAUGGUAAAGUUUUUGUCACAGCGGAAGCCAAAUUUAAUACACUCGCCGAACUUGUGCAUCAUCAUAGUGUACAACACGAAGGGCACGGGUUGAUUACGCCAUUACUAUACCCGGCGCCCAAACAAAAUAAACCGACCGUUUUCCCACUCAGUCCCGAACCGGACGAGUGGGAAAUCUGCCGUACGGACAUUGUGAUGAAGCAUAAGUUGGGCGGCGGCCAGUACGGUGAGGUGUACGAGGCCGUUUGGAAGCGUUACGGCAACACAGUGGCUGUGAAGACGCUCAAGGAAGACACAAUGGCAUUGAAGGACUUUCUCGAAGAGGCGGCAAUAAUGAAAGAGAUGAAACAUCCAAAUCUAGUGCAACUAAUUGGUGUUUGCACGCGUGAACCGCCCUUCUACAUCAUUACCGAGUUCAUGUCGCACGGCAAUCUUUUGGAUUUCCUGCGUUCACCUGCACGCGAAACACUUGACGCCGUGGCCCUACUCUACAUGGCCACACAGAUUGCCUCCGGUAUGAGUUACUUGGAGUCGCGCAAUUACAUUCACCGCGAUUUGGCCGCACGCAAUUGUCUGGUGGGCGAUAAUAAACUUGUAAAAGUGGCCGAUUUCGGCUUGGCGCGGCUGAUGCGCGACGACACAUACACAGCGCAUGCCGGCGCCAAAUUCCCUAUUAAGUGGACGGCCCCAGAGGGUUUGGCGUACAAUAAGUUCAGCACCAAAUCGGAUGUUUGGGCAUUCGGCGUUUUGCUGUGGGAGAUCGCCACAUAUGGCGCUUCACCCUAUCCCAAUAUUGAUCUCACCGAUGUAUUUCAUAAGCUUGAGAAGGGCUAUCGCAUGGAGAGGCCGCCGGGUUGCCCACCGGAAGUGUACGAUUUGAUGCGUCAGUGUUGGCAUUGGAAUGCGGUGGAUCGGCCGACAUUCAAGAGUAUACAUCAUGCAUUGGAGCAUAUGUUUCAGGAAUCAUCGAUUACUGAGGCGGUCGCAAAACAAUUGAAUGCCACAACGAUGCCACAGAGUCUAACGCCACAAAUGGGUAAAAAGGGCAUACCAGCGUGUGGUGGGGGCAGCGGCGGCGGUGGUGGUGGUGGCGGUAGCAGCAGUGGCGGCGGUUUAACACCUAGCGGCGCACUACUAGAGCAGCCCGUUGGCACGCCAAUGUCGGAAACCGGCUCCACUUCUACCAAAUUGAGCACAUUCUCGAGUCAAGGUAAAGGCAAUGUGCAAAUGCGUCGCACCACCAACAAGCAGGGCAAACAAGCGCCAGCGCCACCGAAGCGUACGAGCUUACUAUCGACCAGCCGUGAUUCGACUUAUCGUGAGGAUGAUUCACGUAAUCUCAUUGAUGAACACAAUACAAAUGGUCUCACACGCGAUAUGAAUAGUCUGACACAACGUUAUGAUUCCGAAAAUGACAAUACAACCGGUGAUCCCGACACAGAUGCGACUGGCGAUAGCUUGGAGUGUCAAAAUAUACCCACCAGCCAGAAUAAGGUACAGCAUACGCUGCAUAGCGGUGGCAUUGGACCACGAUCGGCUCAGCAACAUAGCUCAUUCAAGCGUCCAACACCCGUUAUGGGUAAUCGUGGUCUCGAAACACGUCAAAGUAAACGAUCUCAACACCAGCAGCAACAACAUCAUGCACCACGUGAUAAUAGCGCUGGCGGUUGUACGUCACAUCAUGUGACUGUCGGUGCAUUGGAGGUGAAUAAUGUGAAGUGCGUCGUCAAUCGUUAUGGCACUUUGCCGAAAGUGCAACGCAUAGGCGCAUAUUUGAAUAGUCUCGAAGAUCCACAUACGCCACCACAACACAGUAUUAGCACACAUCUGGCAACAGUUGCGCCGGUUAGCGGUACCACAAAUGGUCAUGGCGGGCAUGCGGCAGCAAUACGUCAGCAACUGCCACCGGCACAUGUGUUGCCGUUGCCGCCACCAAUGAAGUCGGUUGCCAAUGUGACACCCACUGGCAAUUGUGGCAACAUACCGACACCACCACAGCAAAUGAUACGCAGCAAUUCGUCGAGUGGUGUUACCAUGCAGAAUAGCGCUUCGGCGAGUUUGAAUAAAUUACAGCGUCAUCGUACCGCCGCAGAUGGCACCAUGAUGACAUUUUCCUCAUUUCGUGGUACAACCUCAAGUAAUUCACCAAAACGUGGUCAGCAGCCGGCUUUAGCCAAUUUGGAGUUUCCACCACCACCGUUGGAUUUGCCACCACCACCCGAGGAGUUCGAGACACCACCACCGCCACCACCACCAGCACCGGCACCCGAUGUGUUGGAAGAAUUACAAUCGGCAAGUAUAACUGCAACACAAUAUCCCUUACCGAAUAGCAGUAGUAAUGAUGUCUCGAACACGGCACCCAGUGUUGAGGAAGCCAGCACACGUUUCGGUGUGUCGUUGCGUAAGCGUGAGCCCUCGACAGACUCGUGCAGUUCAUUGGGUUCGCCGCCCGAGGUUGCAAACGCAAAUAAUACAAACGCUGGUGGCAAUGUGCAGGAACUCAAUAUGAAGGAGAAACUAAUGGCAGAAAUAAAAGACCGUUCCAAAGAGAACUCCGCUAAUAAUGCGAACAUGCAAAAUGGCAGCACCAUACCAACAGCGCCAGCAGGCAGUGGUGUGGAUCCGGUGUCUUUGCUAUUCACCGAAUUGGCCGAAAUGAAUUUGACAAAACAAAAAUCAACACCACCGCAACCGCCGAAAGCGCAAAGCGGCGGCAGUAACGGUGAUUCAGGCGGUUCUCAAGAAAAUGGCAAUACAAACUCGUUUAAGGCACAGCUAAAGAAAGUUGAACCAAAAAAAUUACCAACACCCACACAAAAGACCGAAAAUCAAACGACGAUCAUCGACUUUAAGGCGCAUUUGCGAAAAGUGGAGAAGGAGCCCAAAGAUAAAAAAGACGUGGGCACAGAUGAGGCGCCUAAAAGUAUACUACAAAAGGGACAAACUGUGAUCUCUACGGGUGGCACGCUGGGCCGCAAGGGUGACAAGAAAUUCACCACAACAAUGACAACGGCGCCAUCAAUGGGCACGUUAACAUCCACACAACAAAAGACUGAAAAUGCAAAACACGAUAUGACCAAUAGCAAUAACGGCAAUACCAUAAAUACCACCAACAAUACAAACACUAACUCAACUGCAAACACCAAUGGUAAUACUCAGCAUAAUGCGAAUGCCAAUGCAAAUUCAAAUAUAAAUUGCAACAACACGUCAAACACCAAUGAUUCGGCAGAUACACCGGCGGUCGCCAACGAAAGCGAUGCUGGCAAACGUCGUAGCACAGGUAGUAUAAAUAGUUUGAAGAAAUUGUGGGAGCAACCGGGCAGUGGCGCCGAUUAUGCAAGCACCCAGACACAGGCGAACUGCACCACAAAUAGUGGCAGCACUGGCACUAAUGCCAACAAUACCAACACCACCAGCACAACGAGCACCAAUCAACUUUCACCAAAAUUCAAUUUGAAGCCCAUCUCGAAUGCUGCAACCACGCCCACAACCAAUUCGAAUCGUUUUCCACCACUUAGCACGCAAAUCUCACCACGUACCAAUGCCAUGAAUGCCACCAAUUCCAUGGCAACAAAGCCGCCACCAGCUGCACCACCACCACCGCCCCCUACUACCAACAGCACCAAUAAUCAAACUCAGAAUCACAAUCAAAAUUCCAUUUUCAACAAUUCCCAUUGCACGAAAUCCCAACUAACAACCUCUCUUUCAACUCAACUAUUCACAGAUGGUAGCCAUCAGUAUGGUGAGCAAGGCUCGAACAACUCCUCCACCGCUAACACAACAACCGGAACAAACACAACGACUAACAACGAAAUCGCCGCAAUGAGCCAAUCACUCUUUGUGGAGCACAGCAGCGCCACAAAUAGCGGCGGUAAUCUAAUGCAACCAAACAACAAACUCACCACAUCGACUAUCACUACAAAUGCGGCUGCCACAGCUGCGAAUAACACAACAAACAACAUAGCCACCACAAAUAAACCCGCCGUACCGCUGAAACCCACCAAACUGACCAUCUACGCCACGCCCAUCUCACAGAAGAUCGCCGCCAGCGCCUUGGAUGGCAACAUAAACACACCACUCGGCAGCGCACUACAAAGUUCCACACAAAUCACACGCGAGAGCAUACUGGAGCUCGUCGCGCUGCUCGAGACUUCGCUGCAUCAGCAUCCCGUCAACUCGAUCUCGGCCUCACAGUGGCUACAGCUGAGCGACAAACUCAACAUACUGCAAAACAAUUGCGUGGUCUUCGCCGACAACGAAACAAUGCCGCCGCAUUCGAAAUUCCAUUUUCGCGAGUUGGUGACACGCGUCGAAACGCAAUCGCAGAGUCUGCGCACCGCCGGCAGCAAGAAUGUGCAGGACAACGAGCGGCUGGUCAGCGAGGUGGGUCAAUCAUUGAAGCAGCUAACAAAUGCCUUGCAUAGGUAAAUAUUAUUAAAGCGGGAAACACGGUCGGGGGUGCACAGCGCUUACAGUUGCAAUGUUGGCGCCGCGAACAUGGAGCAGUUGCCAACGCCAUGGCGUAGUUGGCUAGACGCCGAGGGAAAUUUCAUUAAACGCAAAUGAAAGUAUGUAGCAGCAGCCGCAAAGACUGCGGUCGCUUGUUGGACGUUGUCGUGUGUGAAGAAGAGGGAUGUUCUGAAAUUCAAGGCUUUAGUUUCCUGCUUGAGUGUAUGGUAGAAGCAUAUCAUGUGUGUGACGUAGUAACUGUGGGAUUUGAAUAUGCGUGUUGAAUUCAUAAAUUUGUUGCUAGAGCAGUAGACGUUUAUGAGUUCAUGCCACAAACAAAAAACGAAAAAAAAUGCAAAUUUUCAUUUAAUUAUUGAAACAAAUUAACCUAAAAAACACACACACAUACAUACAUACAUACAUAUAUAAACAAAAAAAAGUAUAUUUUUAUGCAGCAGUACUAGGCAUUCAUUAUUAACCAAAAAAACAAAAACAAUUAUGACUACUUAACUUCAAUAAUCGAAGUACAGGGUUCUAAAUCCUAACAUAAUUAUGCGUAAAAUUUAAUUUAUUUUGUAAUACAAAAUACCGUUUCAACUGCUUACAGCUUAUAUAUUGUUCAUGCGUAAACCCUGUAUAUAUUUAUAUAAAAACAAAAACAACAAAAACAAGAAAAUACAAAAUCUAGUCAUACAUGAAGAAUCCAAUUAAAAUUGCUGUUAGUUGUAGAGACUUACUCCAAAAUGAAAUCAAGACAUUUUAAACUACUUGUACUAGUUACUAGCGUUAUAACAGUUAUUCAAGCAAGCAAGCGCUGCAAUUAUGGCAAACUGAUAAAGACUUGCAUUAAGUACUCAUUUAUUAAGACUUAUUUGGUAGGUAUGCCACUAACAACAUGAUUAAUUAUAUUUUAAUUCCAUAUACAUAUAUAUAAAUAUUUAAUAAAAAACAAAAACAACAACUGUUUCCAUAUUUUAGCAAUUACAAUACAUAAUUUAGUUAUUCAUAAGUAGCACUGUAUAAAGAAUUUAAUGAAAGCGAUUUGGAAUUAUGUAAAAAAAAUAUAAAUGCAGACGUAUGUGUCAUUUUUUAGCGCUACAACGGUGUUUUUAAACUGCUACAACAAGAAUAUAGCUGGUAGAGAAAGCAAAAUACGAUAGAAAAUAAUCAAAAAAUGCGUUUAUUGUACUAAAACGGCUACAUGUAUUCAAGUAUUUGUGGAACUCUUGUAUGCUUACAUAACAAUUUUGAACACAUUCAAGUGCCAAAAAAAAAUUUAAAAGCAAGCAAAAGAAAUAAUAAAGGCAUAGCUUUGUUGCUGUGGAAGUUUUGAUUGUUCCAACAACUUUAUAAAUAUUUAAAAAUGUAAAUUUUUGAGAAUAAGCAAAACAUGUUUAAAUACUAAAAUAUUAUAAAUUCUGCUGCAACAAAUUUUUCAACUUUUCCAGCUGCUUUUAAUUAAGGCUUGUCACAUUUUCAAUUAACCAUACAUCAAUAUUAAGUCAAAUUUUCGUCUAUCAUCCAAACACUUCCCACAUUUUCAUUAGUUAAAAUAUAAAAUUUCGUUGGUCUGUGAUACAUUUAAACAAAUUUGGCACAAUAUCCCAUAAAAAUUUAAUCAUUGUUGGAAUUAACCAAUUUAAGUCUUUUAAAAUUUUUUAAGGGAAGUGUUGUAGAAUUCUUACCAAACUUUUCUCUAAUAAAAUAUUUUUUAUUUUUAGUUUUUAUGACAUUUACUAAAUUAUUAGCACAAUCUUCAGUUGAAAAAAAUAAAUUAUUUUUGAGCACUUUGGUAUACUUACAAAUUUUAAUUGUCUAGGUCUUGUUCUCAACUCUUUUAGCAGAAGUUCAUAAGAUUCAUAAUAACUUUUUAAUUAUACACAAAUUUUAAACACUUCUUUUAUCCGCAAUAUUCUAACUAAAAAUAUGUAAAAUAUAAAUAAAAUCAUUAAAAAUAAAAAUGAUUUCGGUCAAAAGCUGUUUUAAGUUUUCAAUAUAACUAUAGUAAUUAUUUUUUUUGUCAAUAGAAAUAUUUUUCAACCUUUAGUUAAUACCAACAAUUGUUAAUAUAUCAUUUUUUAUAUUUAAGCGCUUUGGAUGUAAUUGCAAAUGAUAGUGAUGACAGUCGAAAUUAAUUAAAUUUCUCGACUUUUGUAUAUUAAAUUUUUUUUAACAAAUUUAGCUCUUCAAGAUAAAAGCAUUCGAAUAACUUUCUUUUUUUAUUUGCACUAAUUCUUUUGAUACCAGUUUUUGCAUUAUCCGCUAGCAAACAUGCCCAAAUUUCUAAUUAGCUUUGGCUAUGGUUUUAUUAAAAACCGAAAUGGCAUUUUAAUUAACCUGAGCAUGCAUAUUUCUUUAUUAUUAUUAACUAAAAUGAAAAUUUUAUGAUAAUAAUAUCAAUAUAUGAAAAAACCUCCCAAGGAAGGUAAAGAAAUAUAAUAGAAAAUGCUUGUUAUAAAUAUAUUCAGACUCGGUUAUGGAGAUCAUACCUUGAUUGAUAUUUAAGUAACCAUUAAAGCACCAAUCUACCUUUAGCGGUAUUCCUAUACUUUUAACAUAUUUUAUUUACCAUAUUUUAUAUACCUAAAAGACAAUUGGAUAACAUUUUUUGUUCGAAAGAUUUCUUUAAAAAAAUGUAAUUCAUUCGCGAGAAUCACACUUAUUGUUUAUUACAAUAUUCAUAAGUAAUUAAUUUCUGCUAAAAUUUAGAUUUAUUUAAUUUCACACACACUGCUCUCACAAUAUGCCAAUUUUUAGAAAUACAUUUUGCUAAUUUUAGGCAUUUUCUGUAAGUAAAUUGGAAUAAAUGAGAAAAUGACAUACCCAAAGAUAUUUAUAAAUAGUUCUAUGUAACCACAUUUGUGCGCAUGUGUGCGUACUAUAUUUAAAACGUUAAGCUUGAGACAAAUACAUAGUCAGAAGUUGUAAGUAGUCAAGUACGCUUAGUUGAAGUUUAAUCAUUUAGAGAAGCAUACCAUGAUAAGUAGUAUGAGCGCAUGAAGUUAUUUCAAAUAUAGAAACUUAUGCGAAGAGAAAACACUGAAAUAAUCAAAGCUAAAAUGCAUUCAGUUGAUAUGUAUGAGUUUGCUGCGCUCCAUUUUCGAUUUUAUAUGCAUAUAUUUUUCUACAUUUAUAAAGAAAAUAAACGAAAUGGAGAAAUUGAAAUGAUAAAUGAAUGAUAAAGCGAAAACUUAUUUAUUUUUGUUUUUUAAAUUUCAAGCCAAAUUUGUUAAAAUUUCAAAUGAUUUCAAACAAUUGAACAUGCAAAUUAUAAGCAAAUGAAAUUGAAAUGAUUGCGUAAAGUCUGCUGAAACAACUACUAAUGCAAAAAACCAAAAAAGUAUUUUAAAAAACAUUAAAAAUUAAUAAACGAACUAACACUUACAAAUAUAUAACUAAAUAUAAUCUUUGGAAAUAUAUUAUUAAAAAAUCAAAAACAAAAAGAAAAUAUGUUAUGAAAUAUAUAGUAAACAAAAUGUAUUGCAUGAUAAUUAACUGUUUGCUUGCUCUUGCUCUGCGGUUCAGAAAUAUGUACGAAUUCUUAGAAAUCAACAUGUUCAUGUGUAUAUGUACUAACCAGAUACGCAAUGCUCAAAUCAAAUUUAAUAUAUAUAUAUAUACAUAUAUGUAUACACAUACAUAAUUGCAAAAAUAAUAAAAACAAAAAAUGACGAAUACGUUUUCCAAAAAAUCAUUUUAUAAUCAUAAUGUGUAAUACCAAAUACAUUUAUAUGUGGUAAAUUAGUAAUGGAAACAUUUAUUUUAAUUAUAAAUAUACUAGUGGUAUUUAGCUAUAUAUACAUAUUAAACUUAAACUCAUAUGAGAAAAACAAAAAACAAAACAAAAACACAUCUCAUUGAUAUCUAAUAAUUAUACGCAAAAAUAUUAUAAAACUAUGAUAGAAUGGAAAAAUAAUUUAUGCGCAUAUAUAAGCAACUAUAAUUACAUUCAUAUGCAUAUAAACAUACAUACAUAAAUACAUUUACACAAAAACUUAUCUAUACAUAUACAUAUUGAAAAAAAAAACAAAUGUUUCGCAAUAUUUCUCUACAUUAUUGGAAAUAAUAAUAUAAUUAACUAAAAUAAAGUAUAAACCAUAUUUUAUCGUAUUAUGUAUAUGUUAUAAUGAUCAUGACAAUGAAUAUAAUUUAAAAAGUUCAGUAAAAUAAAACAAAAAAGAAAUAAUUUUGUCAUACAUACCAAAAUAAAUGCACAAGGUGUUUUAUUGAUUUAAAAAGGUGUAAUAUAUAGCAAAGAUCCGUUCUGGUUGAGUAAAGGGUGAAGCAAGACGAUGAAGGGAUCUACAUGAUAAGAUGUAAUCAAGACUUAUAAGAGCCUGCAUGUUCCUUAAGGCUGACACCCUACCAUUUUAGAGCAUUAUGAAUUCAUCAAGUGAAGAGUUUCAUAUUCUUAAAAAAAAACACAAAACAUCGAUUUACAAAUUACAUUGCCAAACAUUUUUAAGCCCCGCUGGUUCUUUAACUGCUUUAUUGUUGAAUUUCCGCCCAAUUAUGUUCACUUCACAUUUUACUUUUAUUUCCGUUUCGUCAUGACUCAUACAACAAAAUGGCAGCACGCUGUCAAGAACGUUUUGACAUUUCUAAAUGUACGCCGGGCUGGCAGCAUUCGACAUACCUAAAAAGGACGGCCAAAGAGAAAAGUCAAAAGAAAAGUAAAAACGAAAACUUUCCUUUUAUUCAACUACACCCAAGAACGACAAAAGUUGAAAAUUAACAGAAUAAAAAACUGUUUAAACCGAUAAACAUUACGAACGGAGAGUAAAACCAUUAAAGUUGCAUUGCUAAAAAACAAAUCUAAUAACACAAACAACUUGCCAAGAAUUAUAUACGAUUAUUCCGGCAGUGGUGCAGCGAAUAGCAAUUAGUCGCGGAACGCAACGAGCCGACUACAACAACAA